AAUAGAGGUGCUGGUCUCUUAAAAUUGAUAUGAUCCGAAAAUUAAGCUUAUGUUAUGAUGCUAAUCAAGUAAUUUCCUCCAUGUCCAACCAAUUUGCCCGCCAACUCUCCCUUACCUCAUUCCCUCCAAAUUCACAGAAUUUAAAUUCUCUAUGCUCCAACGGUCAACUGAGAGAAGCUUUGGUGGAAAUGGCCGUUCAAGGCCUUGAGAUGAAGUUUGAAGGCUACUACACGCUGUUAAACGAGUGUGUAAACCGAAGGGCCUUCAGGGAAGGCCAAAGAGUCCAUGCCCACAUGACCAAAACCUGUUACCUUCCGCCUAUGCACCUCAGGACACGGUUGAUCGUCUUCUAUAAUAACUGUGAAUGUUUGAAUGAUGCACAGCGGGUGCUCGAUGAAAUGCCUGUACGAAAUGUGGUGUCAUGGACGGCAAUGAUUUCGGCUUAUUCUAAGAGGGGGUAUGCCUCCGAAGCCUUGAAUCUUUUUCUACAGAUGUUAAGAUCAGGUACGGAGCCUAAUGAGUUCACUUUUGCAACAGUACUUACUUCAUGUGCUGGUGGUGCGUGGGGGUUUGACUUAGGAAGGCAAAUCCACUCUCUCAUAAUAAAAACAAAGUUUGAAUCACAUAUAUUUGUUGGAAGCUCACUUCUUGACAUGUAUGCCAAAGCUGGUAGAAUCUAUGAAGCCCGAGGAGUUUUCGAGUGCUUGCCAGAGAGGGAUGUUGUUUCUUGUACUGCUAUAAUCUCUGGCUAUGCCCAGCUGGGCCUUGAUGAAGAGGCCUUGGAGCUAUUCCGUCAGUUGCAGAGGGAAGGAAUGACUUCAAACUAUGUCACUUAUGCUAGUGUGUUAACAGCAUUAUCAGGGCUUGCUGCAUUGGACCUUGGCAGGCAAGUUCACAACCACGUCCUUCGUCGUGAACUGCCCUCAUAUGUGGUUCUUCAGAACUCGCUGAUUGAUAUGUACUCUAAAUGUGGAAACCUAAGUUACUCACGAAGGAUCUUUGAUAGCAUCCCAGAGAGAACCGUUAUAUCAUGGAAUGCAAUGCUUGUAGGGUAUAGUAAGCAUGGAAUGGGAAAAGAGGUGGUUAAGCUUUUCAAACUAAUGAAAGACGAAAAUAAAGUCAGACCAGACAGUGUCACUUUUUUGGCUGUUUUAUCUGGUUGCAGUCACGGAGGAAUGGAAGAUAGAGGGCUAGAAUAUUUUUAUGAGAUGGCAGAAGGGGAAAAUGGUAUUGAGCCAGAGCUUGAGCACUAUGGGUGUGUUGUUGAUCUUCUCGGGCGUGCUGGUCGAGUUGAAGAGGCAUUUGAGUUUAUAAAAAAGAUGCGUUUUGAACCAACUGCUGCUAUAUGGGGUUCACUUUUAGGUGCUUGUAGGGUUCACUCAAAUGUUGAGAUUGGUGAAUUUGUGGGUUUUCGGCUUUUACAAAUUGAACCUGAAAAUGCUGGGAAUUACGUAAUCCUUUCUAAUUUAUAUGCUUCUGCGGGGAGAUGGGAAGAUGUAAGAAAUGUAAGGGAAUUGAUGGUAGAGAAGGCCGUGAUAAAGGAGCCAGGAAGAAGUUGGAUUGAGCUUGACCAAAUCCUUCAUACUUUUCAUGCAAGUGAUCGCUCCCAUCCAAGAAGGGAAGAGGUGUCUGCAAAGGUGAAAGAAUUGUCAGUCAAAUUGAAGGAAGCUGGUUAUGCUCCUGAUUUGGGUUGCGUUUUGUAUGACGUGGAUGAGGAGCAGAAGGAAAAAGUACUCCUAGGCCACAGUGAAAAGAUGGCUUUGGCUUUUGGGCUGAUUGCUACACCUGAAGGAGUGCCAGUACGUGUGAUAAAAAAUCUUCGAAUUUGUGUCGAUUGCCAUAAUUUUGCAAAACUUGUCUCAAAGAUUUAUGGAAGAGAAGUGUCUUUGAGAGAUAAAAACCGGUUUCAUCACAUUGUCGGAGGAACCUGUUCUUGUGGAGAUUACUGGUGAGUUUUGAAGACCCUUGCACUGCCUCUUACAGAUAUAAAUAUCUGAUUUAACAAUGAAACAGAAGCAAAAUUCGGUCAUUGAGGAACAAUGACAUGAAAUGGAAACUAUGGGCCAAAAACAUGGAGUGACAUGUAGAAAACUGAGAAACCAUACUUCAAUGUUGGCAUAAAGGAGUAUGUUUUGGUUUCUGGCAUGAAAAGAAAAUGAGUGUCUUGGUCAUGUGGGUUGAACGGUUGAAGAUCAUUUGAAGUACGCGAUUCCCUCUUUCAUACUCUCUGAGUUCUUUUGAAGACUAUCUAUUAUUGAACCGGUGGCAUUCGAGGAGUUCAUAUUUUUGUUCAGCACUGAAACAGAAAGGCGAAUAGCUGUCUAGCCGAUACACUUCAUGCCUAUACAUGAUUUCACCAAGGCAUCAUUAACGCUUUAUUUUGAAAGAACGAAUUCUCAGGGGUACAAGUUUUUCCUGCUAGAACUUGUUCUGAAGCCUG